AUGGCCAGUAUAAAGACCAGACUGUCCGUCAUCAGAGAUCAUCUUUGUGAACAUGUUAAGAAGUCCCAAACUGCUAUGACAUUAAAGGCCAAUGAGAAGACCAAGCCACUUUUUCUACAAAAAGGUUACUAUGUUUAUCAAUAUCAGGCAAAGAUCAGAAGAUUAAAACGUGCUUAUGCUCGUGCUCCUCAACCAAACCAUUACCUCCGUGUUAUUAGAACAGUGGAAGUGGGUACGGGGACACAAACUGAACCUGUGGAUAUCAGUGAGGAUGCCUCUGGCAAAUCCCUAAAUAACAAUAUAGGGGAUAGCGAGUCGGACCCUUCUCUCCAAGAUUAUAUGACAUUUACCGUAGAUCAUGCACAGUUUGACGAAUCUACGCUCUACAAUGGCGUCAUGGAUUUAAGAACUAUAUGGUUGAUGCCUCGAGACUUCCAUUACGGUGGUUGGCCGAAAUCUGGAGAUAUUGACAUCAUAGAAUCUAGAGGAAAUACCAAAGCGAUCAUCAAUGGCGUUAACCAAGGAAUCAAUCAACUGGUGUCUAAACUAAACUGGGGUCCAGACUACCGACACAAUGCGGCAAAUAAAACUACGACAUAUAGCAUGUCUGAGCGCACAGCUCACUCUCCUGUUUCAUUCCAGGACUCCCACACUCCAUUGAGGUUGACAUAG